AUGCCCGGGCCGGGCAUUGUGGACUCAAGGCAUCGCCGGGCAGCCCGGCGUCUGGUCAAGGCGGGUGUCUGGCGCCUAAAGGUCAAGCAAUGUAUCGAGCAUGGGGAUGAUCAGGGCUGGAAAGUAUCUUUUGAUCAGCCUAGGUUAUGUGAGAUAAAAAUACGAGGUCAUGGUUAUGGAAUUGAAAAGGGAGGGAAGCUACUCGAUGACAUGAUAAAGAUGAAUGGACUGAGAUGCGAGGCUGACGAUCUCAGAGUCAGUCGCAUUACCGCUGACAAUGUUCACAUCAAGGUUCCCUUCAAGAUUAUGAACGAAGUUGAGAAUAAGUUCAUUUACCUUGACUGUGUUAGAGUCAGGGUACAAUCGUGUGUCUAUGUUAACCAGUGCUACAAAUGCGGCUCUCUGGAUCGCAAGCACGACUUCAGAACAUGUGAGAGACGGUCUGUCUGCAAGAUCUGCGGUGGUAAUGAUCAUAAAACUGACGAGUGUCUCGAGGAAGGAGAGAGUUAUCGCUCGAAGUCUCGAUGCGUGAACUGUGGCGUCUAG